AUGAGUCCUCAACCAGUCACUCUUCAUUUAAGAGCCGAAACAAAGCCAUUGGAAGCUAGAGCUGCUUUAACUCCAACAACCACCAAGCAACUACUUGAUGCUGGCUUCAAAGUCUAUGUUGAAAAAAGUUCACAAUCCACAUUUGACAUCAAAGAGUAUGAAGAAGUUGGUGCUGAAAUUGUCCCAGAAGGAUCAUGGAAACAAGCCCCAAAAGAUCGUCUAAUUAUUGGUUUAAAAGAAUUGCCUGAAAAUGAAACAUUCCCCUUAGUUCAUGAACAUAUUCAAUUUGCUCAUUGUUAUAAAGACCAAGCUGGAUGGGAAACUGUAUUGGGUAGAUUCCCCGCUGGAAACGGAACUUUAUACGACUUGGAGUUUUUAGAGAAUGAUCAAGGUAGAAGGGUUGCUGCUUUUGGGUUUUAUGCCGGUUUCGCCGGUGCUGCUAUUGGUGUAUUGGAUUGGGCAUUCAAACAAACUCAUAGUGAUGAUGAAAAUUUACCUGGUGUAACUCCAUAUCCUAAUGAAGAAGUAUUGAUAAGUUAUGUCAAGGGAGAGUUACAAAAAGCAUUAGAGAAAACUGGUGGUAAGUACCCUACUGCUUUGGUUAUUGGUGCUUUAGGUAGAUGUGGAUCUGGUGCCAUUGACUUCUUUAGAAAAGUUGGUAUCCCUGAUGAAAAUGUAGCUAAAUGGGAUAUGCAAGAAACAGCCAAAGGUGGUCCAUUCAAAGAAAUUGUUGAUUCGAAUAUCUUUAUCAAUUGUAUUUACUUAUCACAACCAAUUCCUCCAUUUAUCAAUUAUGAAAGUUUGAAUGUUGAUGAUAGAAAAUUGACGACUAUUGUCGAUGUUAGUGCUGAUACCACUAAUCCCCAUAAUCCAAUUCCGGUAUACGAAAUCGCCACUGUAUUCAAUGAACCAACAGUCGAUGUUAAAACUACAAAAGGUCCUAAAUUGUCGGUAUGUUCAAUUGAUCAUUUACCAAGUUUAUUACCUAGAGAGGCAUCAGAAUUUUUCUCCAAAGAUUUGAUGCCAAGUUUGUUGCAAUUACCAGAAAGGGAUACUGCACCAGUAUGGGUUAGAGCCAAACAAUUGUUUGACAAAAACGUUGCCAGAUUACCAAAGAAUUAA